AAGUGAACCAGGAGUUUGUGCAACGUAUUAAAGCACUCCGUGAUAUCGAUACCCAGGAAGCUCCAGAUGAUUUCUUAAACGUUAUAAAUCGGUGGACCCUCGAGUCAGUCUCUGUGGUGGCUCAGGACAAGCAGUUGGGACUGCUCAAAGAGUCGGGCGAUAACGACCAGGCUGUGUUACUUUUCAAGUACCUGGACGAUUUUUUUGAAUUAACAGCCGAUCUGGAGAUGAAGCCCUCCAUCUGGCGUUACGUUAAAACACCCAAGCUAAUGAAGCUAAUGAAGUCCCUAGAUGGCGUUCAAGAAAUAACUUCAGCGUAUGUAGACGAAGCUAUAGAGCGUCUAGAGAAAGAGGCCAAGGAGGGUGUUGUCCGCCCUGAGAGCGAGCAGAGUGUACUGGAAAAGCUGCUCAAGAUCGACAAAAAGGUGGCGACGGUUAUGGCCAUGGACAUGCUAAUGGCCGGAGUGGAUACCACCUCAAGUACCUUUACAGCGGCCUUGCUGUGCCUUGCCAAGAAUCCGGAGAAGCAGGCCGUACUCCGAGAAGAGGUGAUAAAGGUUCUACCCGAGAAGGACUCCGAAUUCACUGAGGCAUCGAUGAAGAACGUUCCUAUCUACGUGCCUGCAUCAAAGAGUCACAACGGAUCUAUCCUUUGGUCAUCGGCAAUGGCCGAUUUCUCAAUUGGACAGCGUUUUGAGCAGAUAUGUAGUAGCCAGCACAAAAUAUAG